GGCGCUUGCGCACGCGCAGUGGUGUGCGGGAGCCGAGCCGGGCCUGCGCGCGCCUCGCCUGGCUGAGGGGCUGCGGUUGCUUGGCGGCCUUCGCCACUCAGUGUCGCAAACCGCGCCCUCAUGGCGUCGAGCGUGCCCACCUACCCCGCCUGGGUGGUCCGCCUGGCUCAGCACAAGAAGCGGGGGGGCAAGCCGCCGCCGUUGAGGCCCCCCCGGCCCUUGGUGCUGGCCGACCGCGUCUCCAACCGGCGCAGGAGCCUGGGAGAGGCCACCUGCGUCACGGAGAUGUCUCUGAUGAUGGCCUGCUGGAAGCAGAACGAGUUCAACUCCUCAAGUUGUAGCGGGGAGAUCCAGGCCUUCCUUGACUGCGCAUCAAAAGCAGAAGCGGAACACAAGGCGAAAGUCCUUCAGGAGUCCCUGGAUCGAUCAGGAACCCUCGGCACAAAACAAGUCAACAGACUUCUACAACGAUUUCCCAACAUUACUCGCUAUUAUUAAAGGAAGACUUGUUUCUGCAAAAGUCUGGUCGUCUGUGGCUGGCAUCGGACCACAUGUGCAGGUUCCCUGUUUGGAUGCCUUUUUGUUGGCGGCUGAUGAGGUCUGUGCUGUCUUGCUGAGGGUUUCGGCUGAGCACUUCCCGUUGGAGAGGGAGAGGAACCCCAGCUGCUGAAGGGAGACAUGUCCUCUAACAGGAAACUUCCUCUGUGUGUCAAGUAGAAGAACGCUUUCUUGAACCGUGGCUCAAAUCAACACUACGUGUGAGCCUUGUGUGAAAGUGUCUUCUAAUUAAAUGUAUAGUUGGAUCUGUUGCAA